GUCCUGAAGCGUGGCCGGGUUCCCUGACCCACACCAGCAGCCCGGGCUGGAAGGUGAUGCGGGUCCUGCUUGGCUCUGCAGAGCCUGGGACCACACGGCUGCAGUGCCGGUGCCAACCCAACCACCCCGAUCUGGCUUGGCCAGUCUGGACUGGGAGCCAUGGAGGAGCCUUAGGGAUGGGCAGCCACUGCGGGCUGCAGCUGGAGGAGGAUCUGCAUCCAGCAAGACUCCCCUUGAUGUUUCUGAGAGCUCGGCUGCUGAAAUUUGUACUUGGAAGUUUGACGCGCUGUAAGAGGAACCGCGCCAUCAGCACGGCAUGCGGGGAGCCACUCGCUCAGUUCCCAGUUCCCGGAGGGAGUCCUGCAUCGUGGCUGCUGGGUGACAGAAGCUGAGGAGGAAGCAGAAGCUGCUGCUGCAGAUUUUGCUGCUAUAAAACUACUGACUGUGCUCAGUGGAGAUGGACGCUGCACUUUAUGCUUGGGAGAGGCAAAGUGCAUCGCUGCCGUAGGCGGCGCAGGGUCUCACUGGCUGGCAGGUGAUGGUGGAUAGCUGGAGAGCGGUUGGCAGCACAGGGGCAGGAAAAGGCAGGUGCCUGCCGGCUUUGACACUGUAAUGACCCCAGUAAAGCGUCAUUUCUGAUUUUGAAGUGUUGCUUUUGCUUUGCAAAGACACCAUGAAACUGGGCUACAGGGAGAGCAGGGAGUAAAACUUCUCCCCCGUGCCAAGGACUUUUAAGACACUAGUUUGAUAAUUCCUGCCGUGCAGCAGGACUCUCCAUGCUGUGCUUGGCAAAACUCAUCCUUUCUUCAGCCCCGCUGGUGUCCCCUGUGCAGCCCGAGCCACAGGAUGCUGCAGGAACGGGCACACAGGCUUUGCAUCUCCCGGUGCUGCAGCAGAUGCAGAAGUUCCCUUAAGUAACUUGCCCUCGACUGAUUCAUCAGCCUUGUUCCAUAAACAGGAAGCUGGGAAAGUACAAGCAGGUGAUCUCGUGCUGCUGCAAACUAUUCUCGCGUGCUGGGGCCUGGAGCCGAUGGCAGACAAUGUCCACAACUAACAACAUAGCGCAGGCCCGGAAGCUGGUGGAGCAGCUCCGCAUCGAAGCCGGCAUCGAGAGGAUCAAGGUCUCAAAAGCAUCUUCUGAGCUAAUGAAUUACUGCGAGCAACAUGCCAGGAAUGACCCGCUGCUGGUUGGAGUGCCUGCUUCGGAGAAUCCCUUUAAGGACAAAAAGCCUUGUAUCAUCCUAUAGUUUUCCUCGCUCCGGCACAUGCGAUCUCUCAGGCAGGGCACCGUUCUCCAUCGACUGAAACCAAGCUACAAACUUACAACUGCGCCAAGGGGUAAACACUAAAUGUUGGGUUCAAAUAGGACUUAAAGCUCAAAAAAAAAGACACAAAAAAAAAAAGACAAAAGACAAAAAAAUUGCAAGUGGUUUAGGGAAGGGUGUCUACUCCUGGGCAGAUGCCGCACUGAGAGGGGUCAAAAUUUGAAAACAGAAAAAAAACAACAACCUGGGGUUGAAGGGUGGGGGAAGCAUUUUUAAUAGUGGCAUUUGAAAUUGGUACCAGGGUGGUGGAGGCAGCGGGGGGGUAUUGUGUUUGCCAGUGGGAUGCAAGACCUGAGUUAUCGCGACCUUGCUCAUAGAAGCUUUGAAGAAAGCUCUGAGUGGGUCUGAUCCAAGUAGUUUCCAAUUAGCGCAUCAUUGCAGGAAUUCGCUCUGUUUCUUGAGAGGGAACAAGGGAGAGGAGUCCAGGUGGGGAGCUAUUUUGUAGAAAACUAGUACGAAAAAGAAAAAAAAAAACCCAAAACCAACAACCCCAAACCAAAACACAGCUUGGAAAAUUGCUGUUGCAAAUGGGUAAAGCGAGGCUGGGGGGCAGGAGGAUGGAGGCUGGGGGGCUCCCUCCCCACGCUGCAUGGGGGCUCCCUCCCCACGCUGCAUGGCUCCACUCGGACGAGGGCACGGCACCGCAGGGAAACGCUCUCCAGCAUCAGAUCCAUCAGCCAAGAGAGUUUCCGUGAGCAAUGUUAGGAAGCCCGGGGCAUGGGAGAGGCCAGACUCAGGCCCCUCUGAUCGCUUCUGGGGUUUCUCUGUGCUGUUACCACUGUUUUUUCCAAACGGGACUGUACCAGGGGCAGGGGGAGGGAAGGGGCUUUCUGUUGAGCAGUAUCACAUGAGAAACUUUUUAAAAUUGGCCUUUUGGAGAGUUUGAGUCCAAAACACUAAAAUUGGCAGGUUUACCAGCAUUUCCCAUUUCCCUUUUUUUCACUGAGAGUGGCAAGUGGAAUUUGUUCCGCUAAACCCAGUUGGCUCGGGGAGAUGAGGGUAAGACUGCAGAAGAAAUAAUUCAUUUCGCAUCCCUUGGAAAUCUUGAAAUGCGAUUGAAACGGGGAGCGCUUUGUUCACUGACGUUAAACGCACACGCCGCAGAGCCGGGGGUAGCCUGGCGCGGAGCAGCCCAUGAGGAAGAGGGGACGGGUAGGUGAGCCUUCCUCCCGCCACCUGCCACAGAGCCCUGCGUAGCGACGGAGCCCAGCAGCUCUGCGCUGGGGCAGGUGGAUGCUCGGGAGAAAGAUCAGAGCUUAGGGAAGUCCCACCGCGUCCCUCCUUGUCACUGGAGCUGCUGCUGCCGGCGCGUCUGAGCCGUGGCAUCGCUCACCGGCUCCCAGCUCUGUCGGGGACACAACGGGUGCCGUGCGUUGGGUUUAAGCGACCGAGCCCAGUCUGGGUCCACAGGGCAGAGCCCAGGGCUCGGUGGCUCUGUGGGGGACAGCACGGUUCGGUUUCCAAACCAGCACGCCAGUAUCCAUUCCCAAUUAUCCCAAAUGCAGGCAGCCCAUGCUGGUGUGUGAAUACAGGUGGUGCCGAGUUUUGUUUUGGGAAGAGAAGGGGAAAAAAUAACCAAUACGUCCCCGAUGUGAAAUCCUGGGAAUUUUCCCAUUCCCCCAGUGCUUUCGAUUUGGUUUGAAAUGCCAUGAUCUCCCACUGGGAUGGAAACUGCACGUGGUUGAGCCCUUCGUGGGGCUGGGAGCGCUUCCCAUGGCCGUGGCCACCCUGGGGAGAGCGGGGCUGGAGGAGACCCUCGGGUUUGGUUGUCAGGGGACCCCUGAACCACGCUCACACUGUGUCAUGGCUGGGUUGGAAGGGAGGAAGCCUUACAGCCUGUACUGGAUGUUGCGUGUGCUCAAACUGGUCGGCAUCGCUGGUCCGGGCAGGGCACUGGGAGGCUUUACUGGCCACUUGCCAGAGGUUGAUGGUGUUCCCAGCACUGUUGCUGGGUCCCAAGGCACUGGGAGCCGCACGGGGUGAUGCCGGUGGCUGGCUCGAAGGCAGGGAGAGGAGCAGAGCCUGUGGACACGUGGCUGGUACCUGGGGAGGGCGGGUUGGCAUCUUCCAGGAGGAAGGGUGGCUUCGGAGGGGCUUCCUCCCACGGCGCAGGGGUGGGCUGCGGGGUGUCAGGCUGCGCGCAGCUGGCCCCUCUCCAGCACUCACCAGCCACCUGGGUGGGCACCGCUGGGGGCUGUGGUCAGCAGAGCUGCUCCAUUUACACCUCUUGGUUGCAGGUAUCUCACCAUCACUUUUUUUAAGUAUGCCAUCACUUGCCUUUUUAAACAAAGUUGGAAAAACCCCACGUUUUUAACACUAACACAAACCACAGCACCUCCUGGGUACAUCCUGCAGCUGCUUUCCCAAGAUCUUUUGCUGAUCUGAGCGUUUUAAACCUUCCGUCUCCCUGCCACUGUGUUGUGAGUCCUGUCCUGGCACCAGCCUUGUGCCAGGUCGCUGGUGACCCCUGGGAUAUUGUCCCAUCCCGAUGGGAGCACGGGGGGACACAGAGCUGGAGGGAACUGGAUUUAUUUCCCUCUGCGGCCAUGCGUGUCCCCAGCCCGGCACCAUGCUGAGCAUCACCCGGCAGCCCCGGCACAGCAGCAGGCAAUGCCUUUUUGUUGUUGUUUUCUGAUUUUUAAAUCUUUCAUCCAGCAUUAACUUCAAGCUCUCAAACGCCGCACCUGUAGCAGGAAGCGAGCGCAGUCCUGAGGUGCCGCCUGGGUUUUGCCACAGCAGGGCUUUCUCUUCUCCGUGAGGGAAUUUCCUCUGUCCUUAAUCUAGUACAGUUCCAGCCUUAUUUUUCUACUCCAGAUUGCUGAUUCUUCCUCUAUGUUAGAGACCAGUGCAUGGUGCUAUAGCCGGUGACCCAGGCAAGUGCCCGAGCUGCAGGUCAGCCAAAGCCACCUGCACUCCGCACGGCAGCAAGCCAGCGGCCGAGGUUACAGCAUGCCGCUGCUCCGCUCGGGAUCCGGGCCGGGGCUGUUGGGCCCCCCACCCGUUAUCGGCUUGUGGUGCCCGAGGGGGCUCCCCGACACCCCCACCCAGGUGGGUGUCAGCCCUGCCUGCGUCCAGCCCUCCCCAGCCCCUGGGGUGGCUGAUGGGGUGGCUCAGACCCGCGGCGCUGGGCGGGGUGCUGCACCAGGAAACACGGUGGGAUGCUAUGCCGGCAAACGUGGCGAGAUGCUCUGCCGGCAAACACGGUGGGAUGCUGGGCCAGCAAACGCAAUGGGAUGCUGGGCCGGCAAAUGUGGUAGGAUGCUCUGCCGGCAAACGCGGUGGGAUGCUCUGCCGGCAAAUGCAGUAGGAUGCUGGGCGGGCAAACGCGGUGGGAUGCUGGGCCAGCAAACGCAGUGGGAUGCUCUGCUGGCAAAGCCAGCCAGGCACGCCACAGUCCAGCAAGUUGGGGUCAGUCUGCCUCCCCCCUCGUCCUUCCACCCGCGAGGGCCACACUCACCCCCAGUGUCUUGCCCUGGCCGUGCCGCGGUGCCGGCGGUGGGAUGGCCGGCGAGGGGCGAGGCAGCGGGUUGAGGUUCAGUGUGCGGCCGGAGCUGGGAGGAAGGCAGGGAGCAUCUGCUUGGGAUCCCCCGGGAGCCUGGGGAGAGGGCUGGGGGCUCCAGGGAUGCUGGUGGGCUGGCGGCAGCAGGGGCCUGCUGGCGGGUGCUGGUGUCUCUCAGUGAGCAACUCGUUAGAUGGAAAAAUCCUCGACUUCUUUUUUUUUUUUUAAUUUUUUUCCUCAUCUGAGUAAAUCAGUGAUCAUACUGUAGAUGUUUUUGUAUAGCAUAAAUAUAAGUGCAAAUUACAGUAGUUGCUUGUACUUUGUUAGUGCAUUUGCCAAAAAAAAAAAAAAAAAAAAAAAAGAAAGAAAAAAGGGAGAAAAAAAACAACACAAAAAAAAGACACUUUUCAGGACUUUUUAAGUGCUCCAGAUCACGAAGGGGAAUCGGAGCCCGUGUGCCGCUGCUGGGGUGUGGGGCAGGCACUGCCAGCGGCCCCGGCUCCACAAAGGCCUUUUUUUGCCCAUAAACACAUGCCCGAAUCUGUCUGGCGUUUCUUUUUAGCAUGUGGUGAAGCUGUUGCCAAAAAUAGGAAGGAGAGAGACUGCAAAAGAAAAGGGAGAGAGGAAACAUUGCUUCUAUUUAAUUUUUUUUUGCUCCAUUUUCCUUGUCCUUCCCUCCCUGUCUUGGGGACCAUCCUGGUGGCGCAGCCGGAGCCGGGAGACGCCCGGGCACCCGCACGGCACCACCAUUGGGUCUGGUGGCCUGGUGCCGAGCAGAUCCCCCUUCCUCCGAGUACUUAAAAAGUCAACUUUAAUUAACAAAGUAAAAAUAAUGCAUUUACUUCAUCAAGCAGAAGCCACGCGUCUUGAUACUUUGCGCUCUUAAUUUUUUCUCUCUGGACUAUUAUUAUUAUUAUUAUUAUUAUUAUUAUUAUUAUUUGCCAAACUCUGAUCUUGUUGCCAAAUGCCAAUCAAGGUUUGUAAAGACUGUACUUAGGAAGUAAUCGGUGUCUGUAACGUAGGCUCCUCAUAACGUCCACAUUUUUGGAUCUCUUUGAUUUUUAUUUCUGGUGUGCCAUAGACCAAUUUCUUGCACAGUGUUUUUUUGUGGAAUUGUUGUUCAGAAGUGAAUUGAUAACACAAUAAAAAGGCUCACUUUUCAUUUUGCCAGA